GCCAUCGAAUCUAAUCUCUAAAAUUGAUAUUGAAUUAGAUCCUUCAAACUACACAUAUACAAUAUGGUGACAUGAGAGUUAGUAUAUUCAGAGAAUCAAGAUGGAGAGUUGGGAAAACAGAAUAGCUGUGUCAGUUUUAGAUGGAUUUGGUAAAUAUUUUUCUGCAGGAACAUUUACUGACAUUCAGAUCAAUGUUGAAGGUGAAAUAUUUCACUGUCAUAAAGUAUUUCUGUGUGCUAUAUCCGAUUACUUUCAAGCCAUGUUCUUAUCUGGGAUGAAGGAAAGUUUGGAUGGUCAUGUAUCAAUUGCAGACAUCAGUGGUUCAUUAUUUCGUGAUAUUUUGGCCUUCUAUUACUAUGGAAAAGACUCAAUUGUGACUAUGGACAAUGCUGAAGAACUUCUCAGGGCAGCUUCUAUUUUACAGAUGAAGUGUCUUCUGGAAAAAUGUGAAGAUUUUUAUUUAUCACAGCUUCAUUUUGACAAUGCUUGGGACAUUUUAAAACUUGCUAAAUGUUUAAAUAGUCAGUCAUUGUGUCAGAAAACUACUGAAUUUAUUAAAGAAAAUUUUGAAGAAGUGACACUAGAAGAUGAGUUUCUAUCUGCUGAUUAUGAAGAUUUAUUGACACUAAUUAAAUGUGAUGAAUUACGUAUCAAAAAUGAAGAUGUGGUUUCACAAGCUGUGAUAAAAUGGAUGAACUGUGCUGAUGAACGGAAAAGCUAUGCAAAAAGCCUGCUUGAAUUUGUCCGUUUAAAAUUUGUUUCU